AUGCUGGCAACUGGAGCAGGCCGUGCCUCGGCAGCCAUUGGGGCUCAAAAUGGCAUUCUUGUUAUGAUCACGUUCUGUCGGGCCUUAACGGCGGUCUAUACCGACACGAUCAUCACAAAUAUCAAGCGGCCUCACAAGGAGAGGCAUACAACAAGUGGGGAUAUAGACCCCCAUCGAGAAAGCGUUACUGCACACACUCUGGAGCAAGACCUAGGCCAGGAAUAUCCACCCGGCACUAGACGUAUCAAUAACCAACUCCGUCAUAACAAUCGCCCUAUCCGGCACGAAGGGGAUUUCUGGGUCUACGAAGACAAUAACAGAUACGCCCCUCCGAAUUACGAUAACUGCUCAUACCGAAACGGGCGUUAUUACUUCACCCUUGAAGAUGGAACAGAAAAAGAGGAUAUUUGGAACGAAACAGAAGCUCAGUGGGAACUAGCCCCACAAUACAGGGAACCGGCGCCGGUAAUACCCGAAGACUCGGAGCAAGAGGAAACAACCUCAUAA